AUGGCAGCGUCUGGACCCUUCCCGCUGCUGGUCGAGGGGUCUUGGGGUCCCAAUCCCCAGAAGACCUUAAUCAACAAGUUGCAGAUGUACUUCCAGAGCCAGAAGAAGUCAGGUGGAGGGGAGUGUGAGGUUGUCCUGCAGCCAGGGAACCCGGCUAGCUUCCUGGUGCUUUUCUCCCUGGAGCAUGUUUGGCAGAAUGUUCUGAAGAAAGGGAACCAUGAGUUAGUGUGGCCAGGUAAAGGGACAUUCAAGUUAACUGUCCGGUUGCCCGAAGACCCAGAUGAAGCCUCAGUCUCUAAGGAGGCAGUUCCAGAUAAGCACAGAGAUGAAGACUCUACCCUAACUGUAGAAGCUUGGUUCUAUGUUUUGGAUACAGCACAUUCUCCCAGCAACAGAACAGAAGAUGUCCCAAAAGAAUGUGAAACUGUUUCCUUCAUGGUGGCUUUUGAAAACCUGUCGGAGAAGGUGACUGACAUAGUGCUGACCUUCCUAGUGGAGAAUAUAAGCGGCUUCCCCAGUGACGACUUUAAGGUGGAAGUGAUCCAAGAUUUUGGCAUCGCCGUGGUUACCUUUCAGAAGCCUAUAGAUACCAAAAAAUUUAUUAGUGAUUGUAUCAGUCACCAUUGGAACCAACAGCUACAGCUUGCCCCAAGACUUCUGGAAACAACAAAAGUAGUUAGGGUGGAAAACCUGCCUCCUGGGGUAGAUGACUACCAGCUGCAGCUCUACUUUGAAAACCCUUUCAAUGGAGGCGGAAGAGUCACCCAGGUUGAGUGUUUCCCAGAAGACAGCUCGGCACUGGUUGAGUUUUCAGACUGUAAAGUGUUAGGCACCAUUCUGGCCAAGAGGCACAGUUUCAACAGGAUGCCACUGUCUGUCUUCCCCUAUUAUCCUUCUCUGGGCACAGCCUUGUAUGGCGAGGAGAAGCCGCUGGUCAAGCUUCCAGCAUCUUUCCAAGAAUCACUGGGCCUUCCUUUGUGGAAGUUCUUUCAAAAAAAUAACCAUCUGAUUGAGGAGAUAAAUGACAAAAUGAGACGCUGUCACUGUGAGCUGACAUGGUCUGACAUCAACGGCACAGUGACCGUCAGACCUGCUGCCACCUUAGUCACUCACAGACCAAGCAUCAAGACCUGGCAGAGAGACGCCUCCAAGGUGCUGUCUGGCAUCAAGGCUAAGUACGAAGUUAAGAUGUUUGAAGUGUAUCCGCCAGUGUGGGACAUCAUACUGCAUGAGGUAGGAGAUGACAGGGUUCUCAUUGAGUUUGAUAAGGAGAGUCUCACCUUAGCCGGAAAAUCAGAAGAUGUCCAAGACAUCGGCCAGAAAAUCAAGGAGUUGAUAGACAGCACCACGGAAAAGGUCCGAAAGGAGGAGCAGAGUCUGAAGGAGAACGUGGCUAUUUCUCCAGGGAAACACUUUCUUUUGCAACACAGUGGUUUCCUGGAUGAUCUAAGGAAAGAGAACCCAGAGAUGGAGAUUCAUUACGAUGCUGCCACUCAGCACCUGUGCUUUAAAGGAUCUUAUACAGAUGUGUCUAAAGUAAAUUGUGACAUCCAUGAAAAAAUGUAUUUCAAGGCUCAGAAAGACGUCCCGAUUCCUUCUGAAGUCUUCAUGUUUCUGCAGCAAGUAGACAGUCAGGAAUUCUCCAAGACUCUUUUUGAGGGACAGAAAAUUCUUGCCAAGUAUGAACUGAAUGGUACAGCUCUUCUUUUGAUGGCCUGUUCUUUCAGAGCCCUGGCAGAAGCAGAGAAGAAAAUGCUUGAUGGCUUGAGCUAUAAAAUCAUUGAAGUUGAAGACAAGGAAAUUUUUAGAGGCAAUGCAUGGAAAAAGAAAAUUCACCCUUUGCAAAAAAGACACCCAUCAAGAGCAAGCAUCAUGAUAAAGAAUGAAUUAACUUCAGGAUCCCCAGCGGAAGUCAUCAUUGCAGGCUGUGUGAAAGAAGUAAAUGAAAUCCAUGGCCAACUUUUUGAGUUCUUGGAAAACACCAUGAAAAUGGAAAGACUGGUGGAAAUUGAACCAGUCUUGAUUAUGGAGUAUUUAAGGUCAGACAGGAAGCUAUUCUGGCCAAAGAUAAAAAAGGCCAAUGUGCAGGCACGUUUUAAGCUGCAAGAUGAACCAAAAGGCAUUUUACUAACUGGCUCCAAGAGUAAAGUUCUAGAGUGCAUGGACAUGGUCAAGGAAAUCCUGGAUUCAGUCUGUAUUAAAAGGUUCCACACUGAUAAGCCUGGUGCUAGGCACUUCUUCCAGGACAAAGCAUCCUAUUACAAAAGUGAGAUCAAACGCCUGUAUGGAUGCAUCAUUGAGCUCCAGGAGGGAGCAGAGAAGGACAAAGGCAACAACUUCCAAUGCCAGACAGACAGGAGCACUUUGAAAAAGAUUUAUCUGGUGGACAUAUCUGCAAAGGUUGCUGAGGCCUUUGCUGAAGCUGUAGAAACUACAUACAAAGCCUCCCUCUCCCACACAGCUUCCCAGUCCAGUUUAACAGCUUUAGAAUUAGUGCCACCUGGAGAAACGCCACAGACACAGGACCAUGUGCUGGUGUCCCCAGAAGGCCUGAAAAUCCGGCUGGUGGAAGAAGGUGUGCAGAAUGCCAAGGCAUUUUCAGAUGAAUUUGACAAAAGGAGUCAUGGAAAUCCAAGUAACACUCAAGGUGUUUAUGGGAGUCUCUCCAGCCCUACAUUAGGAGUGCAUGAAAUGAAUAUUGGCCCAAUCCUCUUCCAAGUGGCCACAGGGGACAUCACCAAAGAAGUGGCAGAUGUGAUUGUCAAUUCAACACCAAAGACUCUCAAAUCAGGAGUCUCCAAAGCAAUUUUGGAAGGUGCAGGACCAAGUGUGGAGAAUGAAUUUUCUGUCUUGGCUCAGCAGAACAGUGAGUACAUAGUUACUGAAGGUGGAUCACUGAGAUGCAAGAGUAUUAUUCACAUUGUUGGUGGGAAUGACGUGAAGAGAUCAGUUUCCUGUGUUUUGGAAGAAUGUGAACAACGGAACUACUCAUCCAUUUGCCUACCAGCCAUUGGCACAGGAAGUGCUCAACAGGACCCAGAUGCAGUUGCUAAAGCCAUAAUGGAUGCCAUUGAAGAAUUUAUCUGGAAAACGUCAGUGCCGGCUGUGAAGAAAGUCAAAGUUGUUAUCUUCCAGCCUCAUAUCCUGAGUGUUUUUUAUGACAACAUGAAAGACAGAGAAGGGUCCUCAGCUCCUCCACAGCCGUCUCUACUGUCUAAAACCACCUCCUUUUUAGGCUUUCCAAAGCACACUCCACACAAACAGAAGACCCUGUUUUUGGAGAAGAAAAUAGAGCAGACAGUUUUCCAGGUAUGUGGUAUAGAUGAAAACAGUGUGGAGCACACGAUCUCCUGGAUACAGAACCUGAUCACCCAGGAGCAGCUACCCUAUCGCAGUGACGAUGAGUGUGUCAGAGACUUUGGUGAGAAGGAGUACAAGAAGCUGAAUGAGCUGCAGGAGAGGCUGAAUAUCAUCAUUGAGCUGGACCAGAAGGCGCCUUUGAUUAAAGUUGCAGGAAUCAGCAGAGAUGUGAUAGAAGCCAGAGAUGAGAUUGAAAACCUGAUCAAGAGCAUCCGAUUGGCUAAAGAGAAGGAAAGCCAGGCAGACUAUGUCCUCACAUUCGUGGAAUGGAGAUAUAUUGUCAACAACGUCACACACUGUUUCGACAAAACAGCUACCAUGCAGUUGGAGAAUGCACAGCAGGCAAAGCACAAGAGCACUGUUGUCAAGAUUAAUAAUCAGGACUUCACAGUGAACUUGAGGAUGAACAUGGCCACAGGCCCUCAAGGACAGAGUGUCACAGUUCAGCGCAUCUUAAAAGAUGAAGGUAAGUUACAUGCUCCUAAGGAGAGAGUACUGAAAAAGAGAGACCAUGACAUGGUGAUUGAUGGCAAACCUGUGACCAUUUUCCUAGAAACCACAAAAAGGCCAGAAGAGGAUCUGAGAUCCAGUCCUUCCUUUUUGGCAAAGCCAGCUGAGGCUCCAAGCUCCAGACAUCCAUCUUUGACACAACCAGCUGAGGCUCCAAGCUUGAGAUCUCCAUCUGUGAUUCAACCAGCUAAGGCUCCAUGUUCCAGACCUGCAUCUUUGGCAGAGUCAGCUGAGGUUCCAAGCUCCAGACCUCCAUCUUUGGCAGAGGCAGCUGAGUCUGUGAGCUUCAGACCUCCAUCUGUAACACAACCAGCUGAGGCUUCAGGAUUCAGACCUCUAUCUGUGGAACAGCCAUCUGAAGUUCCAAGCUCCAGACCUCCAUCUUUGGCAGAGCCAGCUGAAGCUGCAAGCUCCAGACCUCCAUCUUUGCCACAGCCAGCUGAGGCUGCAGGCUCCAGAUCCCCAUCUUUGGCAGAGCCAGCUGAGGUUCCAAGCUGCAGACCUCCAUCUUUGGCAGAGCCAGUUGAGGCUGCAAGCUCCAGACCUCCAUCUUUGGCAGAGACAGCUGAGGCUGCAGGCUCCAGUCCUCCAUCUUUGGCAGAGCCAGCUGAGGCUGCAUGCUCCAGUCCUCCAUCUUUGACCCAACUAGCUGAGGCCCCAAGCUCAAGACCUUUAUCUUUGACACAACCAGAUGAGGCUCCAGGCUCUAGUCAUCCAUCUUUGAAAAAGACAGCUGAGAAUACAAGCUCCAGACCUCUGUCUGUGAUGAAGACAGCUGACACUUCAAGCUCUAGAUGUACAUCUUUGACAAAGCCAGCUGAGCUCCACACAAGCAAGAUGCCAACAGCAUUACCUUCUAGUUCCUGCCCACCAUCCCCACUACUAGUGAGGCCCCAGAAGUCCAUUCCCAGGAUCCACUGGGAAAUAAAGAAGUACUUUGAGAGCCAGGAUUCAGGCGGCGGGGAGUGCAGUGUCCAGCCCGUGGGUCCCAGUGCUCCUGACACCUUCAAGGUGAACUUCUUAGAAAGGACAGGUGAGUUGGGACAGCAGAACAGGGCCGGGGUCGGCUGCAAAGGCAACCAUGCAGCCUGUAUCUGCUGCCACGAUGGUUCCCGCCACCUGUGGCCUGCGUCCUCUGCUGCCGCUCGGGUCCCAGCCGGUCCCCACCAGCUGCGGGGGGCAUCUUCCAUUUGCCUCCGCGACCGGGUUCCGUUCGCCUCCACAACCGGGUUCGGUUCCAAAAUGGUUCAGUCGUUACAGACUGAAUCCAGGCUACUUAUGAAAGAAGUUGGGAAUCUGAAGAAGGACACAACCACCUUAACUAACAAUAUUCAGUCAACUGAGGUACUUUUAGACAUGGUACAGACUACUAAGGAGAGAGUACUGAAAAAGAGAAAGCACCAAAUGGUGAUUGAUGGCAAACCUGUGACCAUUUUCCUGAAAACCACAAAAAAGCCAGUGGAGGAUCCAAAAUCCAGACCUUCGCCUCUGAAAAAGACAAUUGAGACGACAAGCUCCAGACCUCCACCUUUGAAAAAGACAGCUGAUGCUUCAAGCUCCAGACCUCCACCUUUGAAAAAGACAGCUGAUGCUGCAAGCUGCAGACCUCCACCUUUGAAAAAGACAGCUGAGACUACAGGCUCCAGACCUCCAUCUAAGAAGAGAGUACUGAAAAAGAGAGAGCACCAGAUGGUGGUUGAUGGCAAACCUGUGACCAUUUUCCUGAAAACCACGAAAAAGCCAGUGGAGGACCAGAGACCCAGACCUCCAUCUGUGACACAGUCUCUGGAUGAAGCACUGGGUUAUGAUUCUGAUGAUGCUAUUGUCCAGAUGGUGAGUGUUGACAGAAGAGCUGGCACUGUUGCUACAACUGCCCCUAGGUCACUGCUUUUGCCCAUUUGGUCCAGCGGCUUUAGCUGGGCACUAGCUGUGAGCUAG